AUGGCAGAAGCUAUCGGCCUGGCAUCGGGGGUGCUAAGCUUUGCGUUGCUCGCUUCUAAGUCCAGCAUCGCCCUGUACAACACAGUUCAGGGCAUCCGGACCCAACCCAAGCGUGUGCGGGAUCUCGCCGACGAGCUCAGAGCCGCCAAGCUGCAGUAUAUGGGCGAUGGCAUCGACGAGUUUACACAGCUUCUCGCGGGCUACAAGUCCACUAUUGAAAUAGCCCUCGCUGAUGCGCAACUGCGCCGAUCCGUAACGACCGCCGAGAAUCUCGAAAACUAUCAAACAAUGAUUAAAACGACAACCGAUGAUCUCGAGGCUCGUCUCGAGAACAUUGACGCUAAGCUUGACGCUAUAAUCGAGCACACUGGGUGGAGACGAUGCGGAUACACAAGAGCUACACUGAAUCCGCGCAGAAAGAGAAAGCACACAGAAAUGUCUUGA